AUGGCAGAUCUUAACUUUGAUGUUUUAAAAGCUCAGGCUGAGGAACUAGGCCUUAAAGGAAAUGAUAUUGCUCAGUAUGUCAUCAGUCAACAGACACUUGCACGGGAGGAGAGAGAAAAAGAAAGAGAAUUUCAGAAAGAGCAAUUAGAGGCAGAGAAAGAGAGAGUUAAACUGGAACAUGAGCUUCAGAUGGCUCGGUUAAACAAUUCUGAUAGUUCAUUAAAUCCUGUACUUUUUGAUGGCGCUUCACGCCCUAGUUUACCAGUCUUUAAAGAUGGAGAAGACAUCACUUCAUACUUAAUUAGAUUUGAGCGCAUUGCUAACUUGUUAAAUUUUAAAGAAGAAACUUAUGCUAUCAGAUUGGGAAGUUUGUUAACAGGAAAGGCUGUUGAUAUAUACACCUCAUUGCCUCCAGAAACAACAGCCGAUUACCAGUUACUAAAGAAAGCUCUCUUAAGGGGUUAUAGUAAAACUCCCGCAAGUUACAGGAAUGAUUUUAGGACUGCUAAAAUAAAAAGUGGUGAAACAUAUGAACAGUUUGCUAUCAGGCUUGGAAGAUUGUUUGACUAUUGGGUCGAUUCGCAUAAUAUCACCAAAGAUUAUGCAUCUCUUCGUGAUUUUAUGUUGUUAGAUCAACUAAUGUCUUCUAUCUCCCCAGAUCUGCGUGUUUUUGUAAGCCUGUCAGAUAAUUGGUCAUCUGCUCAUAGUGCUUACCCCAGGUCAUAUCAAUCAUCUGAACAAGCGUACAAGCAAUAUCACCCAAUUCCAACUCACAAAGUCGGAUUUUGUCUAAGUGACAGGGAAAAUUCAAAGUUCAUGACAGCUGGUACAGUGAAUGGGGCUUGGGUAUCCACAGUUCUCAGAGAUACGGGGUGCACAUGUGUUAUUGUAUCUCACAAGGUGUUACCAGAUGUUGAUCUCUCUAGGGCUGAUCUGGUGGGGAUCGAAGAUUAUUUAGGCCGGGUGGAUUACUUCCCCAAAACUAAAUGCUACCUGAAUUGUCCCUAUUUUAAAGGUUGGAUUGAUGUGGUGCGAGCACCAAUUAAAUUCUGUAGCGUCCUGAUUGGAAAUGUACCAGGGGUAUAUAGUCCCAAAUUAUCUCCAGAUUCUGAGGUAACUGAACGUUCAAAUGUCCCUCUUGAUUAUUCCUGUGCCAUUCAGACUAGAUCCUCCAAAGUAAAAAGGGUUCACCCUUUAGUGUUGCCGGAGAUCGAGCCUCUUAAAGUAACUCCUGAAGACUUUGCAAAAUUGCAGGCAGAAUGUCAUUCUCUCACUAAAUUUUGGGAAAAAGUAAAGUCUGAAGAACAUGAUAAGAUGCGUGAUGGUACGGUGUUUAAGUUUGAGCAAAUAAAUGGUUUGCUGUACCGUACAUGUGUUGCUUCAAAGCACUGUGAAAGAGUUGGUAAAUCUUCUCUGGUAGUACCCAGUAAAUGUAGAGCCAUCAUUCUCGCAGUAGGUCAUGAGAGCCCCUUAGCCGGUUAUUUCUCCCACCGGAAAUCAGAAAUGCGUAUUAGGGAUCAUUUCUAUUGGCCAAACAUGGGAGCUGAAAUCCGAGACUUUUGCAAGUCUUGGGACAAGUGUCAAAGGAUGUCAAGUAGAGGUAGGGUAAGACCAGUGCCAUUAAAACCCAUGCCCAUUUUAACGGAGCCUUUCUCUCGUGUCUCCAUAGACUUGGUAGGACCGAUUUCUCCUCCAUCUUCUGAGGGUCACCGUUAUAUUUUAACUUUGAUAGAUUUUUCGACUGGGUUUCCACAAGCAUUGCCUCUCAAAGAGAUAGAUUCAAUAUCUGUAGCUGAAGCCCUUAUGGUGAUCUUUUCAAGGGUCGGUAUUCCUCGGGAAAUUUUGUCUGAUCGAGGAAGGCAAUUUGUUUCUCAACUAAUGGGCGAACUGCAUAAAUUAUUGGGUGUAAAGCCACUUUUUACAACUCCCUAUCAUCUUAGUAGGAAUGGAAGGGUGGAAAGGUUUCAUGCAACACUAAAAGCCUCCUUAAGGAAAUUGUGUAGUGACAAACCACGAGAAUGGCACCGUUAUCUUGUCCCCACAUUAUUCGCUAUGCGAGAGAUUCCUAGCGAUCAAACUGGGUUUUCUGCUUUUGAGCUACUUUAUGGACGGACAGUCCGGGGACCUCUUUCAGUCUUAAGGGACUUGUGGGAAGACACAACCAUGAGAGAUGAUGUUAGAUCUUCCUUUCAAUAUGUGAUUGAAUUGAAAGACAAGCUGGAGGAGUGUGCUAAAAUUGCAGCUCAAAAUGCUGAGAUUAGUUCCUCUAAAUUCAAAUCUUAUUUUGACUUGAAAUCUCAGGAUAGGAAGUUUAGUCCAGGUGAGGAAGUUCUUGUUCUCCUCCCUGAUAACCAAAACAAGUUGCUCAUGUCUUGGAGUGGCCCUUAUACUGUUCUGGAAUGUCGAAAUAAGGUGAAUUAUCUUAUCGAUGAAGGUGGAAAACAGAAGUUGCUUCAUGCUAACCUUCUUAAGAAGUAUCAUAGGAGAGCAACAAGUUCCCAACCUAAUGUUAUGGACGAGGAAAGUAAGAUAGAUGCUGAAAUGAACCCACAAAUAGUCCAGAAUUGUAUUCUUGAAGAUACUGAAUUGAGCGAUAGCAAUUUUCCUCUAACUUCUGAUGGAGAAGAGCCCAUCUUGCCUGAGAGUGAUCAACCUGAGAUUUGUUCUGACCUUUCAGCAGAACAGAAAUCUGAUAUUGAUUCCGUUGCAAAUACCCUUGAACAUGAUAUUGAAGUUAACACCACAGAGCGUAUGAAGUCUAAGGUUUAUCCCAUUCCUAUACAUCUAAAGCCUCACUUCGAAGAUGAAGUUGACCAAUUGCUUGAACAAGGGAUUAUACAGCUAUCAUCAUCUCCCCAUUCAUCUCCUGUAGUCAUGGUAAAAAAGUCUGAUGGUAGCUAUCGUAUUGCCAUAGAUUAUCGAGCUGUUAACUCCGUAACUAAUUUUCAUGCUGAACCAGCUUGCACUAUGGAGGAAGACUUGUACAAGUUUUCAGGAUGUAAUUACUUCUCUGAAUUAGAUCUUACGAAGGCUUACUAUCAAGGUCUUAUGGAGUUUUGUCAUAUGCCUUUCGGAUUGGUAAAUGCUUGUGCCACUUAUAUCCGCCUUAUGCGCAUUGUUUUGGCUGGUUUAAAGAAUGUUUCCUUCUAUUUUGACAAUAUUUUCAUCCAUACUAAAACAUGGGAUGAACAUAAAGGUGCUAUUAUUUCAGUGUUAAAGAGAUUACGUGAACUUAACCUCACUGCAAAGCCAUCAAAAUGCAGAUUUGGCUUUAAGUCUAUUGAGUACUUGGGUUUUAUUCUUGAUGGAAACUACUUGCAUCCUAAACUCGAUAAAAUAGAAGCUAUACUUAAUUUACCUCCUCCUUGCACAAAGAAGACCUUAAGAUCUUUCCUUGACUUGAUUUCAUUCUAUAGAAUGUUUAUUCCACAAGCAGCUUCACAGACAAGCUCUUUAUCUGAUUUGUUGCGUAAAAAUGUCAGGGAGCCACUGAAAUGGACGGACGAAUUGACUAAGGUAUUUGAACAGUUAAAAGCUGCAUUAGCUUCAAAACCCGUAUUAAAGUUACCUGAUGCUUCCCAUCCUUUUGUCUUACGUACAGAUUCAUCAGAUGUUGGGCUUGGAGCUGUUCUUCUACAGUACGUCGAUGGUCAUCCAUUUCCUGUGGCGUACGCUAGUCGGAAACUAUUAGAUAGAGAGAAGAGGUACUCGACUAUUGAGAAAGAAGGCUUGGCUAUAAUGUUCGGUAUCCACCGAUUUAGAUAUUACCUAAUGGGUCAAGAAUUUAUCCUGGAAGUGGAUCACAAGCCAUUAAUUUAUAUCAAUAAAUUCAAUGGGUCGAAUAACAGACUUUUACGGUGGUCGUUAAGCUUGCAACCUUAUCGCUUCCGUUUGGUUCACGUUGCAGGGCGUGAUAAUCUUGGAGCAGAUCUCCUUAGUCGUUCCGGAAAUUAA